AUGGAGGACGUUGGAAAAACCAAUACCAUCACCAUGACUCGGGAAGAUCUGGAGUUGCUCAUCAACUCCAGCAUCCAAAAAGCAUUGCAACAACAACAACAACAAGUGAAUGUUGGGGGUACGCUGCCAGUAACUAUGAAUCCAGUAAUUUCCACCACAGAUCGACGGAGAAACAAAGGUAUGGAGGAAGAAGAAAUUGCUUAUAUAACCCCAGCUCCUGUUUCACCCACUCGUCAUCUCCAAACAUUCUUCCGCGCUCUAAUGGAUCAAGGAGGACGGAAACCUGUGCUUCAGGAAUCUUCAGAUGAAGCACCCAUGAAGGAAAAUCGCAAAGGAAAAGCGAUAACCAGCGAUAGUUCUCCGGAAAGGAUUGUUAUCCCAUUUUCUUGGAGAGUCCUUGACGAUCCCUUACCCAAACACUAUCAGACUUUGAACAUUGGGGAAUAUUCUAGGACCACUGAUCUAGAAGAUCACCUUUCCAAAUUUGAAAGUGCAGUCCUGUUGCAGCAAUUCACAGAUGGGGUCAAAUGUCGUAUGUUUCUUACUACUCUUAGAGAAGCAGCCCAGAGGUGGUUUAAAAAACUACCUAAAAAUUAUAUCAAGCAUUUUAAAGAUUUCCGAAAAGCUUUUCUGCAUCAUUUUUCCAGUAAUCGGAGAUAUCAUAAGACCCCCUGGAGUCUGUUUUCCAUCAAACAGGAGCCUAAAGAAAGAAUCAGGGCCUAUAUCAAAAGGUUUAAUCAAGUAGCAGUAGAUGUUCCUAAUGCUACCACGGAAAUCCUGCUGAGUGCCUUUUCUCAGGGGCUUAAUGAUAAUAAUUUUUUCAAGGACCUAGUACGUAAUCUACCUAUAAAUUUUGAUUUAUUAAUUGAUCGAGCCACGGAAUUUAUCAAUGUGGAAGAGGCACAAGCAGCUCGAAAGAAGGAAACUAUCGCCCCUGCUCCGCUGACAAUUAAUGAUAGAACCUCUGUUCCUGUACACCCCCCAAGAGGACCACGUGCAGUUCUCCCACCACAUCGACAGCCUGAGCAAAGAUCUCAUGCAGUGCAGCAUGUGCAGAUACCACAAGAAAUCCCCAGAAGAUGGUGUACAUAUCACAUGUCAGGUACCCACUCCACGGAGAACUGUUAUGCCCUGAAGAAUCAGCGAACGAAUGAGGGCAGAUACGGCCGAUGA